CCAAAAGGUACUCACACCAUCUUUCUAAGAUUAAAAGUUUAGCCAAUAAACCCGUCUCAACUCCGCCAUGAAAUCUGCUGUUUGGACUCUGGUAUGGUUCAGCCCGGCAUUAGCAGCAUGGGAAUUUCCACGCGGACCGCAGAUUCCCCUUGGCGGCGGCGGCGGCGGGAGAGACAAUGACGGGCCACAUGUUUGGCAUGGCGAUGAUAUCGACAUAAUAACGGGCAGUCAGUUCAAUGGGCUGAAGACUUUUGGGAAUCUGCCAUAUGUCAAUUGCUUCUCGGACGAGCAGGCAGCACUUGAGGGCAACGUCUACGACAUCGCUGUGAUGGGAGCCCCCUUUGAUACGAGUACUACCGGGAGACCUGGGACGCGCUAUGGACCUCAAGGGAUACGGACGGGCAGCCAGAGGAUUUUCGCAGAGCAGCUGUGGAACAUUUAUACAGGUAGAGCUUGAUACUGGGUGCAAGAACCUGUUUGAAUCCGGGGCUUCCAUCGUCGACUGCGGGGAUGUCACGCUCACAUGGCUGGAUAACAAUUAUGCACUGAAGCAACUCGACAAGGCUCACAGGGUCGUUUCGGGAAGGAUUGCAGCCAGCACUUCUGUAUCAAAGACACCAAGGAUCCUAACACUGGGCGGCGAUCACACUACCACACUCUCCGCCUUACGGUCAACAUAUCGACAUUUUGGACAAGUCUCUGUAAUUCAUAUGGAUUCCCACAUUGAAAGUCACGGCGAUUAUGGUAACUUGGGGCGCAUGGAUAUGGGUAGUUAUAUAUCUGACACUCUGCACAGCGGUUUGAACCACGGAACGUUCUUGCACAUAGCACACGAAGAAGGGCUUAUCAAGAACACAUCCAUUCAUGCUGGCAUUCGCGCCCCUCUCAUUCGGCCAAAAGGAGACUUGAGAAACGACCUGAGAUGCGGCUUUACAAUCAUAACUGCUCGAGAUCUGGAUAAACUUGGCGUUGCAGGCCUGAUUUCCCGCAUCAAGGAUAGGGUAGGUGACUCCAAGGUGUAUAUCAGUAUUGACAUUGAUGUCCUUGAUCCUGCCUUUGCACCGGCAACGGGCACUGCCGAGCCAGGAGGCUGGUCCACACGAGAGCUGCUCAGCAUCCUGGACGGCCUCACCGGGCUGUCCGUUGUUGGAGCCGACGUCGUCGAGGUUGCCCCGGUCUAUGACAAUGUGGGCGAGACUACGGUCCUGGCUGCGGCGGAGGUAGGCAUGAGUCUCCUCGGGCUGAUGGUGGAUACGCCGGUCAAGUCCGAAGAGGACGAAAACGAUGCCUAAGGAUAUGCAUGGUCGAUGUCACAGACACCAACUGCACGUCGAAUAUUGAGCGGCUAGCGAUGCAGCUCAAUCCUCUUCACUGCCGCCGCUGCGAUCUACGAAUAAGCUGGUCGCAGGGUUGAUGAAUGGCUGAGAAAUGGUGGUUGACGUAAAGUCGCUUUGGUGAGGGCUUGGGUACCGCGGUUCUGCUGUGGAGGGUGCGAACGACACUUCGCCUUUUCUGCAUGUCGGAACGGUAUAAUUGAGAGCCAUUGGAUUAUUCCGGGGUGGCUUCAAUGGCCUCUUCUGAUAACGAGUUUGAUCAUUUUUUUGCGUAACCUGGGCGGUGGUUGCGGUUGCAUUAGAUGAAGUCAUGUUCGCCAAAAGAAGAAAAUCAUUUCCUGUGGUAUCCCAAUUGCUGAAGAUUGCUCGGAAAUAGCCCCGAGUCCUCGGCGGUACCGAACUGCGUACCAAAUUAACGAAUUUCCUCAAUCAGCAGCUAGCAAACACAAAGAGAAGAGAUUCAC